CCGGCAGGAGCAGUUACCUAUGGUAUCGAUGCCGAAGAAUGUCGAUUGAGUUGUGUGUUUUGGUAUGGUGAGGAAUGUUAUGUAGGACCAUGUGGGCAAAAUAUUGUUUUGUGUGUGUAGGUGAGAACGUUGACAACAAGAAAUUUCACAGUAUUAACAAGAAAUAUGCCUGCUGUCAAUGAUUGUAAUGCUUUGCUCACUGAUGUCAGUCAAGUUCAAAAGGAACUAGAAAAGUUUGAUGUUGAGAAAGCAGUGGAUGCCAAUGAAAUAUAUGAGUUGCUAAAGACUCAUUCUUUUAGAAGUGAUCGGGUGCAAUUUGUUACUAUGCACCUACUGGUUACUCUGGGCUUAAGAAAUGACUUGGACAGCGGAGACAUGAUUAAUGUUUCAGAUGAUAGUGAUAAUAAUUAUCUGGAUGGUUUUUGUUAUGUAUCAUCCCCAGAUUUGUCAGUUCAUGAUUUACAUUCUUCUGCUAAAGAAAAUAUGAAUUGCAGUUGUAACAGCAGUACUGAUUAUGCAGACGUCCUAGCAGUAUCUGAAGUUGAUGUAUAUCCCGCCACUAGCCUUUUUCAGAGUAAGACAGAAAGCACUUCUCAUCUGCAUGAAAUAGAGCCCACAGCAUCACCAGCAGCAGGUGCUUCAACACCUGAGAGUAAUGCAGGCCUCAGUACCACCAUUGAACAUAAUUCAGAACCUAUUAAUAGCAAUGUUAUGUCUCUCUCGACCUAUCAGAAUGAUGACUUUGUGUGUGAUAUCAAUAACAAUGAUCCAAACAACAAUACUGAGUAUGAAUUCCCUGUUCAAGUUGAAGAUAAACAGGAGCAACAUAAUUUUACUGCCAGAGAUUCUGAUGAUUCUGGGAUGGAAUUUGAAGAUCAAGAUGACAUUCAUUGUGAAUUGUUGAAAGAGGCCAGGCUCAUUAAUAGCAUUGUUCCAAAGCAGAGCUUGGAACAAAGUUAUUCUUAUCUGGAAACAAAUGUAGAUUGUCAGAAUAAAGUCCAGAAUGUAAUGCAAGAAUUUUCAAGAAUGGAAUUGGAAACUGAAUUUUGCAAUUCAGCCAUAGGUGAUUCUGGAAGUAUAGGCAGCAUAUUGGAGAUCCCAUGUCAGCACAUUGUUUCAGAAACACGGGUUCUGGCCGAGCCUCAGCCAGGUUCAUCAUCUGACAGAGAAAUUAAGAUAGAGAAGAAGAAUGCUGUUAAAACAAACAUUCUUCCUGAACCUCAGCCUUCUACAUCAUCUGAUUCUGAAAUGAAGAUGAGAGCUUUGAAGCGAAAUGAUGUAAGGGAACUUUGUCCUACAUCUAAAAGUGCAAGAAUGAACACAAAGGGAAGUGCUAUGAGCAAACAAAAGGGAAUUAAAUUUGAGCAGGGCAGAGUUUCAAACACUUAUCAAACAGUUAAAAAAUCUUACAGGAAAGCACACAAUUCAAGUCAAGUGUUUGAAAAUAUCAAACCAGGAAUUAACAUUGAGGCUGAAAUUAUCUCUUCUGAAACUGAUGCCAAUCUGCCAAGUAUUUCAGCAUCAAGUGCAUCAACAGAGCAGAGAACUGGGGUUAUAGAUAAUGCAAGGGAGGUGGGAAUUAUGUCCACAACAGAUCUUAAUAAGCAAACCAAACUUGCUGAUACAAAUAAUGAAUGUGCAUUGAGAACAAAUACUUCUGAUGGUUGGAAUGAUGAAAUAUGUGUUUCUGAAACCGGAACUUCACGAGCAUGUGUUCAUGGUAUGGUUGACACCCUCAUUCCAUCAUCAUCCACAGAAAGUGUGAAGCUAAUUUCAUCUAAAUCUGCAGGAGAAAGUCGCAAGAGAAGACUGGAAUCAGUUGAUUCGGAAUCUUCAUCAAAUAAGAAGAAGACUGGAGACUUUGAUCAAAGUCAUUCCUUACCGCACAUGGAUAUUGCAACUAAUGAAAUUACUUUAACACAAAACCAACAGAAGUAUGAGUCAAUUUUGAUAGAAAUGUUUCCUGAUGCAGAUCCUCAGUACCUAAGAGAACUGUGCCAGACAGUUGAAAUGGAAGAGUCUUUGGUUAAUAUUGUGACAGAAUUAUUAGAGAGUGAUGAUUCUCCAUAUCACCAGACUCUGGAAGAACCAUGGGCUGGAUCCUCCACUUCGUCACCUAUGCCAGAUGAAGACAGAGUUCAGAUGCAGUAUGACACUUUGGUUGCCAUUCUUCCAAAUGCUGAUCCCGUAUACUUGUGGGAAACUUGUGAGAAAAUUGGCCAUGAUGAGGAUGCCAUGAAGACUUUUGUAAUCCAGGCUCUGGACAGAAAAAUGUACCCAACACAUGAGGACUCUCUCAAAAGACAAGAAGCUUUUGAACUCAAAAAAAAAUAUACUGAGCAGUUUAGCAUCGAAGGUUUCUUGGAAAUUCUACCUGACCCAUUUAAGUACUUUCUGGAAGAGAAGAAAAACGAUAGCAAGCUUAUUCAGCAUUCACUGGCAUAUUUAAGAGGAAGAUACAAAACAAUUGUAGAACGAGUCCUGAGAGAUACGCUUUCCAAGAAUCAUUAUAAUUUAACAUUAACUUGCCACAAAUUGGAUAACUACAAAGGAAAAAAACGUUGUCGUGCGCGUUCUAAGAGUGAAUGCAGGAUUCCAGCUGAAGUCAAUGUACCCUUUCUGCAGGAGGUUGCAUUUAUUGAAAAUAAAACGAAGAUUGAAAGUUACUUAAAGGACAAAGCAGACAAGAAGAAGAGAGCCUUUGAAGAGGCUAAAGCUAAAGGUGAUCUUCUGGAAUGUGACUGUUGCUUUGAUAAUGAAGUGAUGCUUGAAGAUGUGGCUGCUUGUAAUGAAGGUCACGUCUUCUGUAAAGAGUGUGUUAGAAAAGGAGCUGAAGUACAAAUAGGUAAUGGAAAAACUGAAUUUCCAUGCCUGAAUGAUUGUGCGGCUGAAUUUAGCUUAAAGACACUGCAGGCUGUGCUGAAACCAUCUGUUUUCUCAAUGAUGCUUUGGCGAAAGCAAUUGGAAGAAGUGAAAGCUGCAGGAAUAGAGGGUCUGGAAUCUUGCCCAUUUUGUGAUUUUGCAUCUGUACCACCCAUUGAAGAUAAAGUGUUUCAUUGCUUGAACCCACAUUGCAUGAGGGAAUCAUGCAGGAAUUGUAAAAAACCAAACCACAUACCAUUACGAUGUGAUGAAGUGGAGGAGACUGAUGAAGUUAAAGUACGAACGUACAUAGAGAACAGAAUGACAGAGGCUUUGGUCAGAACCUGUUGGAAGUGUAAGAAGAAAUUCAUAAAGGGAAGUGGAUGUAACUCAGUUCGAUGUACCUGUGGCGCCACAAUGUGCUACAAUUGUCGUCAGCCUGUUAUUAAUGAUCUUCACUUCCUUUUCAAGUGUCCACUUUUCACUGAUGAUUCUGUUGAUGUGAAUACUGUUAGAAAAGAAGCGAUGAAAGCUAAGGAGGAAAUGAAAGUCAAGAAUCCAGAGUUGAAAUUGAGACAUGACCCAACACGAAAAUUACCUGAAGCAAGAGGUUUGAAUGAUGGUCAUCAUCCCCACCACCACCAACAACAACGACAACAACCACGACAACAACCACGACAACAACCACGACAACAACCACGACGAAAACAACAACGACAACCUGUAAUUUUUAGAGAACUUGCAGCUGGUGGAGUACAAAUUUUGGACUGGCUAAAUAGAGGAAGGGCCCGUAUUCAGACGGCCUUAAGAAGAAUAGCAAGUGUAGUUACUGUUCCAAUUAAUGGCCCUCGCAUCAUAUCAGCCACUACCAGGAGCACGUAUGCCAAACCUAAACACAGUUCCAAAUCAGAACGGAGGUAGACAUGUAGGGAUUGGUGCAGCUACACACAUACAUGGAAGUGCCGUUGCAGAUAAAGGCCAAGUACAAAUUCUUGCUGCAUGUCUUCCUGAUCCACUUGAUAACCUAAUAGGUAUGAAUGGCCAUAGACUUAGAGUACAGUACACACUUCCACAACCAUUCCAUAAUUAUACCAUUCCUCUUGUGAUGCCAGCUGCGAGACGGACAACUACCAACUGACAGACAGGUUCCAUUCUCUCUAGGGCUUGACUUUCCAGUUAUGGCACAACAUCCACUUGCUCCAUCUCCAUGAAUGUACUCUUUUCUGCAACCAGAUACUUCAUACUUCAACAAUUGACAUAUCUCUUUCAUUUCAGUGGCACAGCACAUUUUUGUGCAACAUCACAAUCAUUCUUUCAUUCUACAUAAUUUUGUGCUGAUCCUUUAAAAUUUACAUUUAUAGUUGGCUCUGUUGUAUGGCUGUAGAAGUCUCAGUGCAUUGUAAUGUGGCCAGAAUUUUGGUCUGAUGUUGAUUUCUUCACAAAGGCACCUCUCUUCCCAUCUUCAUUUUUACAUUAAACAUAAUUAAAUCCCAUGUUCAGAAGUAGAAUUAUAAUGUAGAUAUGAUAUUAUUGUCAUAAUUGAAAUUGCCUUUGCUUGAAAAUAAAAACCCAAAAGAAACUGAAAUGUCAUAGAUAGGAUAGCACGAUAGUUCGUGUAAGAGUAUUGAGAGCCAUGCAUCUGGUGACAACAUGUAGGAGCUAUUAAGUUAGUUUCAGAAUGUUCUUUGUUCAAUUUUUUUUUUUCAAUUUCGAUUUAUUUAACAUUCCACAGAUCCACAGUACACAUAAAGAUACAGAACAUGUCAAACUUGUACAUAAUAUACAGAAUAAAUAAAACAAAGUAACUGAAUAGAAUAAAAUGAAAUAAAAUAUGUUGAAUCAGAUAGUUGAUUCCAGUGAAUUUAAUACUGUUAGAAUUGACUAUGAAAUAACAAUAGAAACAUUUCAACCAAGAACUAGUCAGAUAUCUGACUACAAGCAAAUCAUAACAUAUUACUCCUAAAAUGCCAUAAGUAUGACAAUAUAAAGUUUGUUACUAGCUUCUCACUAGUCAUUAAUUUGUGAGGUUUUAUAUUGAAAAUAUUCCUGUGGCAUCUCAACAGAAGUUGCCAGAAAGGCAAUCAGGGACUGGACAAA